UGUGCAACUGCAGCACAGGAAAACACAGAACAGUCACUCUGUGUGCCGGACUGACUGACAGAGAGAGAUGUGCUUUUGGGACCGGUGCAAAGGACUCAAACUCCAUAGGGUCCCAAUCCAAUUGGGAAACAUGAUUCGCAUCGAGAGGCAAAGAAAGUACCCCAUACCAUUAAUAUUGUGAGGACAUGUUGCAGUAGAGACCAGUGAGCUGUGAGACCAUGGGGGACUGGAACCUGCUGGGCAGCAUCUUGGAGGAAGUACAUGUCCACUCCACCAUCGUAGGGAAGAUCUGGCUCACCAUCCUCCUCAUCUUCCGCAUGCUGGUGCUGGGAGUGGCGGCCGAGGACGUGUGGAACGAUGAGCAGAGCGAAUUCAUCUGCAACACGGACCAGCCGGGCUGCAAGACCGUCUGUUACGACCAGGCCUUCCCCAUCUCCCUCAUCCGCUUUUGGGUCCUGCAGGUCAUCUUCGUGUCCUCACCUUCCCUCGUCUACAUGGGCCACGCGCUCUACCGCCUGCGCGCCCUGGAGAAGGAGAGGCACCGGCGGAAGGUCCAGCUGAAGGCAGAGCUGGGGGAGAUGGAGGCGCUGGUGGAGGAGCACAAGCUCAUUGAGAAGGAGUUGAAGAGGCUGGAGGAGCAGAGGAAGGUGAAGAAGGCUCCACUGAGAGGGUCCCUGCUGCGGACGUACGUCAUCCAUAUCCUAACACGCUCCGUGGUGGAGGUGGGCUUCAUCAUGGGCCAGUAUAUCCUGUAUGGCAUCGGACUGGAGCCUUUGUAUAAAUGCGAGAGAAUGCCUUGCCCCAACAGUGUGGACUGUUACGUGUCCAGACCCACGGAGAAAACAGUGUUCAUGGUGUUCAUGAUCGUCAUUGCCGGGGUGUCUCUCUUCCUGAACCUAAUGGAGAUUUCCCACCUGGGCAUCAGGAAAAUCAAACAGACUCUGAAGGGAGACAAGUACCCAGCAGACAAUGACAAUUUGAUUUACAAGCUGAAGAAGAAUGCGACGAUACAGCAUCUGUGUGUGAUGAGGAACCUGUCUCCUCACAACGGGCCGCUGACUCAGACCAUCUUCAAAGUAAUUCCUGAGAAGGACCUGGACCCAAUGGACCCACCUCCCCACUACAUACCUAACCAUGAGGUGCCCAGGCACAACAGCAUGGCUCCAGGCCAUUAUCUUGCCAACUGCACUGGCCUCCAGCCUCAUCAGCAAUACCAGCAGCAGCAGCAGCAGCUUCAACAAUGUGAGCCCAGCCAGGGGAUGAUCCAGACCCUGCACCUCCAGGGAGCCCCAGAGAAACAAACCAACGUCAUGGUGGACCAGCUCCCUCGAGCCAAUAGAGGAGCUGUCUUGAAUGGGGAUAGUGGGCCCAGGAACCUGCAGGGCCAGUCGAUCCAUGAGGACCCCAACUUACACCCCCAAGACCACUACCAGCCCAGCCACAUGGAAGUAGUGUCUAUGGCAACGCACAGACCCAGCAUCAUGACAACACACAGACCCAGCUUGGCUCUGAGGGACACAGACCUGGAGGAGGAGAGGAGGGACUCCAUGGGCAGCGACUUCAUCUUCCCCAACCCAGGAAGGAAGCAAAGCUUCAAAUGUCGUAUGCCCUCUGAGAGCAUGUCAACCAUCAGUGAUUACAGUAGCAACUCUCCACGGAGCUCAGAUUCCGAGCUUGGCGACAUGGUGGACAUGCCAAUGAUGCCACCCCCUGGAAGGAGAAUGUCAAUGAGUGUAUUCUUGGACAUCUCCUCUAUCAUGAAAAAGUGAAGAGGGACGAGAGCAAAAAUAGACCCAGGAGUUGCCUACGAGUGAAACAACGCACAGGAGAUAAAUAGCACUGCGCCCAUCAUUGAUUGGCUCUCCAGAUUAAAUUGGGCCAAAAACAGCCACCAACCCAUGCCAAGUCACAUGUGGUCAUAGGCAGUGCUGUUUCCCCAGUGUAUUUUAAAUUCAAAGCACUUCAUUAAAAUGCCUACAAUCUCCAAAUGAGUGACAUUGUAUGUGGUUGAUUGUGGCAGAAAAGGGAAAAUGAUUGUGCACAUCAAGAGGAACGUGUGAAGUGUGAGCACUUAAAAUUGUUGUGAUAAAUGAAUGUUGGUGAGUAUGUAAACCAUGGAAAAUGUCAUCUUGUCCCUGGAAAAACUUUUAUAUGCU